UGUCACUGUGGUAUCGUCAGACUUUUCCACCUUAGUAUCAUUAAUGUUGUAUGCAUGAUGUUCAGAAUACGCUCCUGCUGAUGGAGCAUGUGACUUGGGGUUGGGGUGCAGGGUUACACUGCUGCUAGAGUUUCAUGAAAGUGGAAACCCUGUCUGUCAGUAUUGUUGCAGAACUGACCUCAGCAGGAGGUCCUCUGGUCACUUAAGACUAACAAACACAGAGGAACAACAAGGCUCUUAAGGCAGGUGUCAUGCAGGUACUGAGUUAAUUCUUCGCAGUGUAUAAAUGUGAAACGAAGUUUGAUUGGCUGUGUUUGUAGUAAUUCUCUGUUUCUGUCAUGCUUCAGUGCUGUUUGUGCAAGCUGCGUACCCACCAGUGGUGUUUCCUCCUCUUCAACGUGCUCCUCUUCCACGCCCUGUUGUUUGGGGCGGACUUUGUCGAGGAGUACCUCCUGCAGCCCACGCCUGGGGUCUACACUGAAGGCACGGUUGUUGAUGUAAGAGAGAAAGCAAGGAAACUAGACCUUAGCAGCGCCAGGGAGAACAUUUCCCAGGCCUACCCCAUCGCUAACCCUGAUGCCUGCAGAAACCCGGACCUCUUCCUCCUCACUCUGGUCUUCAGCUCUACAGCUAAUGUCACCCAAAGAGAUGCAAUCAGGAGGACAUGGGCCAACCAAACACUCAUCCAAAGCUUCCCUGUGAGGACACUGUUCUUCUUAGGAUCGACUCAGACUUUUGCUGCACAAAAGGCCCUCAUGACAGAGUUUGAACGCUAUGGGGACAUGGUCCAGGGUCACGCUGUGGCUGACUCAUCACUCCGUGGCCCAACAGAAAGGACAGUGCUGGCCCUCCGCUGGGUGAUUGCCUUCUGUCCUGUUGCACGCUUUGUUCUGUUGACCAAGGACUCUGUGUUCCUCAACCUACCUGCCAUCGGGGGAUACCUUCUCGGGCUGCACAGGCACCCUGAGGACCUUUAUCUCGGUAGGGUGAUUCAGAGAGACUCCCCUGACAGGAACCCCAACAGUCCCGGUUACCUGCCCCCAGCUCUCUACCCUGAUAAGUACCUGCCUGAAUACUGUGAGGGGACGGCUUAUGUUCUAUCCCAGGACGUGGUCCGAAAAGUGUACGUGGCGUCUGAUGCAGUGCGUGCGCCUGUGCCAGCGGAUGUCUUUGUUGGACUUUGUGCUCGAAAGGCCGGCGUGACACCGACCCACAGUGCCCGGUUCGCAGGAGAGAAGCACAUCCGCUACAACGCCUGCUGUUACCGUUAUCUGUUCACUUCAGCAGAAAUGACAAGCCACAAACUAGAGACAGUGUGGGCCGACCUGGGACAGAAAGGUGGGGGAUGCUCGCUGUUAAAAACCUACUAUGGUCUUGUGAUGUGCAAGGCCCUCACAUACCUGGACAAAGUAUCCUUCUUCAAUUCCCAGGGCCAGUCUGCAUCACAUGGAUAA